AUGGCUUCUUGCCCGGUUCCCAACUUCCCGGCCGUGAUGGUUACUCUGGAGCAUUUGGAGGAGCUCGACAAGCAGCUGAGGGAAGAGGGAGUCCCGUUCGCACCUAAAGCCAGCCUCCACCUCACGGAGAUAACGGCUGCCAUCACCGAGCUGGAGGCGGACAGGCGCGUCGCUCACGAACAUUUAGAGGUGGAAACCAUAGAAAACAGCAAGCUGAGGCACCAGAUUAACAGCAUGCGUGAGCGAAUGACUGAGGAAAUCAUGGCUGACGUGACAGCAGCCCGGGCGUCCAACGCUGAGGAGAUAGAGACGCUCCGCAAAGAGCUCAACGCAGCUUCUCAGCUAAAAGAAGACUCUCUGAGGAAGCAACAGGAGCUCCUGAACCAAAACAAAGCGCUGCAGCCAGAGCGGGAACAAGUAAAAGCUGAGUAUGAAGCCGUCGUUGCCACUCUGAAUGAUCAAAUCACCUUGAAGUACAGCUUGCAGAUGCAGCUGGAUCAGACAAAGGAGCAGACAGAGGAGAUAAAGUCCUGUAUCGCUGCUGUGGAGCGAGAUAAAAUAGCACUGGAGCAAAGCAUGACACCGGAGAGGGAAGCUUACUCUGUGAACAAGCACAACCUGUCCAGAGAGGUGGACCAGGCCGAGGAGAUGAUUAAGCAGCAGAAGCAAGUGAACAAGAGGCGCAGAAGAGAGUUGGACCAAGUUAACGGCAAGAAACAAGAAGCUCAUGACCAUCUGAAUGAAGUUACGAUUCAGGUGGCCAAGCUGGACAACAACGUGCAAAGAUUGACAACAUCUAUGUGCCAGUGUGAGAAACAGCUGGAGGGGGAAACCCAAAAGCAUCAAGAACUGAGGCAACAGAGAGAAACCCUGAAGAAGGAGCUACGUGAGAUGGGGGAAGCCUUCACGCUUGCAAUUCAGCAUCUUCAAGAAGAAAUCACCUCAGUGGAAGGUAAAAUAGAGGAGGACCGAGCAGCAAGGCUGCUCUGUCAAGACGCUUUGGCUCAGAUCUGUGAGGUGUUCAAGUAUCGACACAGAAAAGAAACCGAGGUGAGGGCUGAGUAUCUCCACGUGUCACAGCAGCUGGAGCGGUCCAAGCUGCAGCUGGAGGAGCGCAUCGCCUCUAUCGUCAAACACGGCAUGGAAAUCAAAGACAUGGAGAAGCUGAUCGGUGAACUCCUGGAAAGUGACAAGAUCAACAAGCGCCUGUUUGAGAGGAAUCAGGAAGAGCUGUGCGAGAAUAUGGAUACAGAGAAGAAGAACAUCAGUCAUUUAGAGGAGGAGAGAAAGCAGCUCAGUCGACACCUGGAGGAGGCGAAGAGGAAGCAGGAGGAGUAUGUGGUGAAGAUGAAGUCUGAUACCAGCAACUCCAGGAGGAGAUACAGGGAGCUACAACAAGAAGAGGCGGCGCUCCAGCUGAGGCAGCCCAAGAGCUCCAGUGAUGGCUUGCUGAUGAGCCAUAUUAACCAGUCUGAGGUGGAGUACAGACAAAUAGAGAGCAUGCACCGCCAGGAAAUCCAGCAGUGUACCGCAGAGGUUGAGAGCAUCACAAAGAGCAACAAGGAGAAGCAGAAGGAGGUGGAAGAGAAAGAGGAGAUGCUGAAGGAGGUGGAGGCUGAGUGGAACGAGGAGCAAAGCCGUCACAAGAGACUAAAAGCGCUCACCUUCGAGCUGAAGAGGAAGAAGACUGAGCUGGAGACGUUAGUUAGGCGACUGGAGGAGAAAACGAGCUCCCUGCUUCAGCCCAAAGAGGAACUAAAGGCCGAGCUGAAAGAGCGUCGAGAGCAAUACAUUGACAUGCUCGACACACAGGCCUCAGAGCUGAGAGCCGUGGAGGUGAGCAUCUAUGACAGCAGCGUGAAACUGGAGGAGGUCAACAUGGAGAACAGCCGACUGCAGCUCUCUAUCAGACAGAUGAUAGAAGAGUUGAGCAGAGCCAGGCAGGACAAACACAGAUACCAGCGGAAGGCUCAGCAGUUCAAGCAGGACACAGAGGCCUUAAUUGAGAGUUUACAGGAGGCCUGGAGGGAGGAUUUAUGGGUAACACAGGAAAGUCAGAGAAGAAAUGGUGACCUGUUGGUGUCCUUGAGUUCUCUGCUGAACCACCUGGAGACCAGGAGACAGGACUUAGAACAUGUCAACACACGCACGCACCAGUGCAUGCUGGACUUCAGCAAACGUCUGGGAGAUAAAACAACAGUACAGCACAGCUGA